UUGGUAUCCAUGAUACUCCUAUUAGAUUAAAUUUUGAGGUUGACUGGAUAUUGUCGAUAAUUGUAUACUUCAAAAUGUCAGGAAGUAAAGCGAAAUCCGAAAAAUCAUCGACGCCGACGGUAGCUUACAGCGAAAUUGCUGUUAGGAAUAAUGCAACGGUUGUAGAGUACUGCCGCACCUCGAUGGCUGCUCUAUCAGGUUGUACUGCCGGAUUAUUGGGAUUAACUGGUCUGCAUGGAGCUGCUUUCUACAUAUUCACAGUGUUUGUGCUUUGGUUUAUGAUCAAUUUGAAGGCUGGGUCACAGUUUAAUAAAUUUUUCAUGUCACGGAAAGCUUUGCUAACAAAUGGUUUCUUUGGACAACUCUUCACAUACAUUCUAUGCUGGACUUUCCUCUAUGGAAUGGUGCAUGUGUAUUAAGUUCUAAUUUUGUAUAAUUUUAAUUUAAACAAUAUUAUUGUGUAAUAUUUAAUAAAAGUGUUUGGGGGUGCAAAUAGUA